CCCACAUUCCACGAGCAAUUUCUAAAUUUGAAUAAGAAAUGUCUAGGAACAGACCCAACACCAAUAAUUCAGAAGUGUAAUCUACAACUGAUGGGAUUCGUCUGCUUGAACUAUUACUGAGCAUGCGCGCUGACCUUCGCUGAGGUGAGAUCGUAUGAUCAGCCAAGAGUGGUAUAAUAGGAUCAUAUCGCGUGCUGUCCACACUUCAGAGAGGAGAGGCGGAGUUUAUAGAGCAGCCCAGUAGCAGACGAUACAGAAAGCAGACGACAGAAAGCAGACGACAGAAAACGGACGACAGCGCUUUGAGAAUUGUUACCGUGACCAGCACCUAGCGUCGACCCUUGUCGGUUUCCACCUCAGAGCGACGUUAUCUCCGCUGUGACUCACACCUCUCUGUCUUCACCAUCUCGGUCUCCAUGGAGUAGCGCUCACUAUCACUUGGCGUGAAGCACCCCAGAGACCUUCCGAACAGAUCUUCUGAAUCACGCCCAACCGGACCCAGUCCAUCUAAACCUGCACUUCACCGACAGCAACUGACAUGACUGAGGCUACCCACCGGAAGUCAAGCCAAAUGGGCAAAGAAGAUGUGCUCCAGAACGGUUUCCAAGGAUACAAGGAGGGAUAUGAAACACUCUCUCAGAAUAAGUGGAUGCUCAAGCUUCGCCAUGUUUUGCAGACUACCGUCUUCCCACUACUGCUGACACUGACCACACCGAACUUCGUCAUCAUCUUGUGGUACACCGCGGUGCACAGUGAAGGUAGUUACAGCAAGAUGGCUGACGUUUUCCAGGGCAGAUCCAUCCUGGGAGGUCUGCUGUACAUGUGGGGUCAGGUCCGACCUUACAACACUUUGAUAACUGCCAUACUUGUAGUAUACAGUUUCUAUGCUCUCGUCACGAUGAAGCUUAUCCCCGGCAAGACUGUGUAUGGACCUCUAACCCCUAAGGGCAAUGUUCCCGUGUAUAAGGAUAACGGCUUCGCGUUUUUCAUCCUGACUAUGGUGCUAUUUGUUGUGAUUACUGCAUUCCUUAAACAACUAGGUAUGACCCCCACAAUAAUAUAUGACCAGUUUGACACAGUGCUUUCAACCCUGAAUAUUUUCAGCCUUAUAUUUUGUUUAUUCCUAUACGUGAAGGGUAUAGUAUCUCCCUCCUCGACCGACUGCGGGGCAACAGGUAAUUUUAUUUUUGACUAUUACUGGGGAACGGAACUGUACCCAAGAAUCUUUGGCUAUGACAUUAAGGUUUUUACCAACUGUCGGUUCGGUUUGAUGGUCUGGGCUCUUUUGGUUUCGAUUUUUGCCCUUAAAAGCUACGAGCUGCAUGGAUUUGUUGACAGCAUGUUUGUUUGUUGCACACUCCAACUCGUGUAUUUGGCCAAGUUCUUCUGGUGGGAGGCGGGAUACAUGCGGACCAUUGAUAUCAUGCUUGAUCGUGCUGGCUACUACAUCUGCUGGGGCUGUCUAGUGUUUGUGCCAGGCUUCUACACGUCCGUGAGUCUUUACCUCGUCAACCAGCCUGUCAUUCUCGGACCAUGGCUCACAGCGUUGUUCCUCACAUGUGGUAUCCUCUCCAUCUACAUCAACUACGACGCCGACAACCAGAAACAGGCAGUAAGGGGCGCUGACGGUAACUGUCUCAUCUGGGGACGCAAGGCUGAGGUGAUUCGAGCAAAGUAUCAUCUUGAAAGUGGAGAAGAACGCGAGAGCAUCCUUCUUGCAUCUGGCUGGUGGGGCUUUUCUAGACACUUUCAUUACAUCCCGGAGAUACUGUUGGCCUUUUUCUGGUCAGUACCCGCCCUCUUCGUCAACAUCAUGCCCUUCUCAUACACCAUCUUCCUCAUCGUGCUGCUGAUACAUCGCAGCUACCGGGAUGAGGCCAAGUGUUGCCAGAAGUACGGCACUUUUUGGGUGGAAUAUUGCAAGAGGGUGCCCCACAAGAUUGUCCCGUAUCUCUUCUAAUCACGUGGCUGUUGUUUCAUCGAUACGGUGUAGAAGUAUUUAUGAAUUCCCGGUUUGAGACAGUUAAGGCACAACAAUGAACUAUAUGUGUUCAUUGAAAGGAGAACUGUAACGAAAUCAACUCGCUCGUGUUGUGCUAGAUACCCGCCAAAGAUUUCUUGCCUUACCACCAUCAUAUGUGGAUUCUUGGUCAUUCGGUGCACAAAGGUGUUAUCAUUGUUGGUUAUCAGGUGAAAGUUAUUCAACGUGCUCGUACGCUAAACUUUGAUCUGGGUUAACGGUUGAGUUAGCUGGAUCUAAUAUCCAGUCUGUCUCUGAAUGGACAUGCGUCGUCGGACGGCAAUAUUUAAGCAUUUUGUUCACAGUUGAUGUUUUGUUACAUUCUGUUAUUUAGGCCAGCAUGGGCCAUAUUCAGUCACAUUUGCGUAUAUGCACGCGUGGGGAAGGAUACGACAAUUUUUGUCUCUUAAUCGGUUUAUGCCAACUCAGUUUUAAUGCUUCUUUUUCUUGUUGCUUUAUCUGCAGCAUCUGUCACACGGUAAAUUCCACACUAAGAACUAGGGAGGUAAUUCUGAUUGAACCCACAUCAUUAAGACAGCCUGUAGUAGACACUAAUGUUACGGCAGCCUGCUAUGGACACUAUUGUUACGUCUACGUUACGGCAUCCUGUAAUGGACACUAAUGUUACGUCUACGUUAUGGCAGCCUGUAGUGGACACUAGUGUUACGUCUACGUUACGGCAGCCUGUAAUGGACACUAUUGUUACGUCUACGUUACGGCAGCCUGUAAUGGACACUAAUGUUACGUCUACGUUACGGCAGCCUGUAGUAGACACUAGUGUUACGUCUACGUUACGUCAGCCUGUAAUGGACACUAAUGUUACGUCUACGUAACGGCGGCCUGUAAUAGACACAAAUGUUACGUCA